AUGGCUGUUUUUUUUUUUUUUUUUGCAGUGCGCAAGACGAAUUUGCCUGCACGAUUUGAGCAUUUCGACCUUGAUGAUGACUCCGGUGAUGCAUUGGACGUUACUGUCGAAGAAUGUGCCAGUGCUGCAACAGCGCAAGAUGUAGCGGGAGUUAAUGUCAGCACUCCCGGACCAUCGCGAGCCGCCGUGCGCAAAGGUGUGAGGGGGAGGUUCCCCUGCAAGAAGUGUGGCCGUCGUUUUGACUCCUUGCUGAGGAGGACGAAACACCAGUUGACACACACAGGAUCGGCAAGAGGUGCCACAACCCUAGAGUGCAGCGAAUGCAAACGGAAAUUCUCCAGCAGGCUCACGCUGGCUGAGCAUCAGGCAUGGCACGAGAACCGGAUGCUGUACUCGUGCCCCAUCUGCGGACGGCAGUUCCGUCAGAACGCUGGUCUGUGGCGCCACCAGAUGACGCACAACCGGGACGUCCAAAAGCGGCGCUACCCUUGCCCCAGGUGUGGCCAAGACUUUGCCAGACCGGGCUAUCUGAAAGAGCACCUGGCCUCCCACGAAGAGUCGCACAGGAGCCGCUUCGCAUGUGAUGUUUGCCAGCGGACUUUCUUCCAGAGGUGUGAUCUGAGCCGCCACCGGAAGACGCAUGACGGUAAGCAGCAGUUCGAGUGCGCCAUCUGCAAACGAGGUUUCUCGAGCCUGGCAAGCCAGAGACGGCACGAGAAAGAACACGACCCAGCACGGAAGGCACCCUGCCCUGAGUGUGGAGCAACAUUCACGCGCCCCUGCCAGCUGAAGGUGCACAUCGCGAAAUACCACGGCGACGCGAUGCUUUUGAAACCACUAGUGCCGAAAAAAAGACCGGGCCAGUCCACAGGUGCACUUAGAAUGGAAAGAAAGCUUCUGUCACAACAUUGCGACAACAGUGCUGCGCUACAGAGAAUAGACGGUAACACCACAGACGGUCUGCCGACUCAAGCCAAAGGCAUGAAAUAUUCUCUUCUGAGGGAAAAAUUGACAACUCCGGUUGAUGUAGCACCCAUGAGCAUUUUACAGAUCUGCAGCAGCUCUGAACUGAAUAGAAACCCUGGGCAGCUUCAAGAGCAGCAUUCAAUAUGUGGCAGCACAGCAACUGAGUUCGGUGCUAGCUGUGCACUUUCAAGUAAUGUAACAGCACAGUCCAAAGAGCCAACAGAGCAAACGCCGACGGGUAUGGGAAGGUUGGCAAUACUGCGAGGUAGUGGUUCUGCAGUUUCAGAGGCGGCAGACCUGGCGGACAAGCUUCAGUGCUCGCUCAAGGAACUGCCAAUAGAGGGAAUUCAAGGCGACCUCCGUGCCGAGUCUGGGACUAACUUUGUGGACCAUCCUGACUUUCAGAGCCAGGCUUAUUACGAUUGGCUGUCACGCUUCACGUCCACCUGUAACCUUGCUGCGGUGCCUCUAGACACGGAGAUGUUAAAGAAGGUGAACCAAGUGCUCAAGGCCGUCAGCGACGCACUCGCGACGCCGUUGGGUGCGCUCGCCUGUCGUGAGAACUUCACGGCCUUGCUUGGCAUUCGGGAGGACCUUUAUAGAACUGUUAGAAGCCACCUCGACUAUGUGCUCGGAACUUUGAAACCAUCAUGGUCAUCACAUUUUUGAAUUAACGUGAUAGGCAAGGUUCGCAGUGCAGUUGAAAAGCCACCGGUAAUCUCUUCGUGUUAUACUCCAUUAUUGAGUAUAAAUAAUUAACUCAUUCAGUAAAUGCUAUUCUAAUUUAAAAGGUGUCAUUUAGGUGAGCAAUUAUUGAGUUUUACUCUUGACAUCUUCUUAGGGGGGGGACACGGGUCUUAAAAGGCCGAAAAUCGCGAAAAAACUGACUUUUUGGAGUUGGCAUUUUCGGAAUCUGCAACUAUUUUUGCACCUAUCUGAGAAGUUUCAAGCUUCUAGAGUCAUUAUUUCUGGCACAAGAUCAAUUUAUAACAUCCCUGUGAGAUGAAUCUGAGGUCAAAUAGACGCUAAAGUCGCGCUUUUUCCACUCCGAACCAUUGCCGUUACACAUGAGCUAUCGUAGUCAUCUUGGUCUCGUUUGGAAGGGUCGUUCGUCAUCUUCGAUUUCCCGCCACCAGUGGCUCGCCUUGCUCAUUAGUUUUUCAGCAAAAACGCGUCAUCGAGAAGCACUACCGCGCAAUUCUAUUGGCUGCUUGGGGCACGUGACAAAACCUAGGCACCCCAUUGGCCAAGUGGCGUUUCCGGCGUCUGCUUUUUAAUUGUGACGCGCACGGACAUGCGCCAUUUUGUCAUGGUGCUGUCGACUGCCUGCCGCAAUAAAGGAGUUCCUCGCCGCACUAAUUUGUGAAGCAGUGUGGCAUUCGUUCGUUCGCUGUGAACCUCAGAAAGAGCCCCGCAAUGACAGGGAGGAUAGCAAACUCGCGGCGUUCAACGGCGGUCGCCGAGUCACCAGUGCAGGUCUAACUGACGUACGAGCCUGUCGGUUGUCGACAACGUCGCUGAAAGCGGCAGUGUUUUGGAGCUUCAACAGUUACAGGACGGCAAGUAAAAAAGCAGAAGUGAAGCUACGAAAGAUAGCAAUCUUUGCAACGAUGGAACAGAAGCGCAGUCUUAACGCUAAACGCGCCGAUGCCGCGAGUACCCCCGUCUAACGUGAACUGCGUGACGGGACGUCAGAGUGGAGUUAGCCGCGCGUCGGCAAAAAACAAAAAAAUCAAUCCGUUUACGGUGAACAUGGUCGCCGCACUCGCAAUGAAGGCUACUGGCAACAGGUAGACUGCUUGUAACGACGCGUCUGCAACUAUGAACAUAUUGCGCCACGGCCUCCACUCGAAAAAGUGGCAAUUUUGCGUGAAAAGGAAACUAACAUCUCGCUGCUCUUGGAGCCUUGAAAUUGAUAAGCGAGUGCACGAGUUUGGUCUGCGACAUCAACAACUCAAUCUGGACAAGCCAGAAAGUCGCUUUAUUAUACGACGGAUCACGGAUUACGUGCGCACAUUCGUCGCACAUAGGCGUCACCGAACUGAUAAGUGGCCUAGUCGGCAGACGAGCACACGGCGACCGCAUCAGCUCGCGAAAAACAUGCAGCAGGCAUUUAAAAAACGCCAUUUAGGUGACGUAAAACAGAAGGACUACAUGCCUGGUGUCUACUGAGAAAGCUGAAUUUGCAAAUCAUUGUAAAUGAACAGCUUUUCCAUGCAACUGUCUGCCCAAAA